AUGCGGGGGCCUUGCCCUUGCCGGUUACUACUUGUCGCUCUACUGGAAGACAAGAUUAAACGCAGUGCAGAGAUGCGCAACCGCGGCACGUCCCCGCUUUCGGCGUCGCCAAGACAGUCCCUCACGGGAGAACCUCCCUGGACCCUCCCAGACGACGACCGGCCUGACUUCUCCGCACUCAAGGAAAACAUACACAAGAUCAACAAGGACUGCGAGACAUCAACCCGUCUGGACAUGUUGCUGACCCAGGUGGAGCAGUACGCGAACAAUCUAGAGGCUUUGGUUGAGGAACGCACCUCCGACUACCUCGAGGAGAAGAGGAAAUGUGAGGAGUUACUGUACCAGUUGUUGCCCAAGUCAGUGGCCUCCCAGCUCAUCAUGGGCCAGCCAGUCAUGGCGGAGACGUAUGACCAGGUCACCAUCUACUUCAGCGACAUCAUCGGCUUCACACAACUGUCAGCUGAGUCCACACCACUGGAGGUCGUUGACCUGUUGAACGAUCUUUACACCAGCUUCGACUCUAUCAUUGAGAACUUUGACGUUUAUAAGGUGGAGACAAUAGGCGACGCGUACAUGGUGGUGUCAGGGCUCCCGAUGCGCAAUGGUAACCGCCACGCGGCGGAGAUCGCGCGCAUGUCACUGGCUCUGCUGAAUGCUGUGAGGGUGAAGACAGUGCCGCACCGGCCUGGGGAGCGGCUGCUGCUGAGGAUUGGGAUGCACACGGGGCCAUGCGUAGCUGGUGUAGUUGGCCUGAAGAUGCCACGCUACUGCCUGUUCGGGGACACGGUGAACACAGCCUCCAGGAUGGAGUCCCAUGGAGAGGCGCUGAAGAUUCACGUCAGCCCGAAGACCAAGGAGGUUCUGGACCUAUACGACUGCUUUGAGUUGGAGUGCCGUGGAGAGAUCACCAUGAAGGGAAAAGGAAAAAUGACAACAUACUGGCUCAUCGGAGAGAAACCAAUCAACUCCGAAUACACAUAUGAAAAGACCAACCACGUUCAAAACGUGGUCGUCAGCAACCCCAGCAUCACAUUCCAAGGUCCUGACAGCCCUGCCUCUCACUCCCUCACCCAAAGCCACAGCCCUGAACGGACCAACGACAAAGAAACCAGCAACCACAGGCCUCUCGAAAUACAAAGCGAGAGAGAUCGCAUCAAACAUGAAAUAGCUACUUUCGUCGCUAAGGACCUCAUCAACAACAUUGAUAAUGCUGUCAGGGAAUUCAGGAAGUCACAAAGCGCAAAUUUCCCUGUCAAACCACUCUGCAAUGGUAAUGACAAAGGCCUAAUUACACCGACUUACGACAAGGAAUUAGUCAUAAGCAAAGGAAAAGUGCGAGACGUCGUGAACAGAUUCAACAGUUGCGUCAUUAAUGACAGCCCCAACAAAAGCAAGAAAGUCAUGAAGGUUGAAGACUGAAGGAUUUAUAUCGGUCUAAUGUUUGACGCCAGGUUAAGGUGUAUUCACAUUGCUACGGGGCGUACGCGGGGCGUCCACGCUCAAACAUUUUUUUUUUACAAACAGAGCGUCCUCGGGUUUGAACAACAAGAAUAAAAUAAGAAUAAAACACGUACA